AAGGCGGCGGCUUCGCUCCCGGCCCCUCAUCUCGAGCUACCUCCAACGGCCGCUGCCCCUCAGGGCUAUAGAGAGAGCUUCCAGCACGGCAGGUCGGCAGUUAGCGGUGGAGUGGGCUUCUGCAGCAGCGCGGAUACUCGCGUCGGAGGGACGACUGCCCAGCAGUGCCGCUGGCGAGUCAGGGACCCGGGCGAGCAGCGCGGCGUGCCUGAGGUGCUGCUUCGCCUCACCGCCUCCCGGGCUCGCCAGGCACAGCGCCGGCUGUGCGGGCAGUGAGGUCCACAGCGGAUGCCGCGGAGGUGACUCCGCGCAGACUCGUAGUCUGUGAAGACCACACUGACGCUGCCUCCGGCCGAGCUCCCCACAAGGGGAAGACAGACAUGGGUGCAGUGCACGAGUCCCUAAGGUGCCGGGCCGAAGCACUCCUCCCAUGCGAGGCGACCGAGGGACGAGGAUAAUUGAGCCCGGGAAAGAGACUACGAUGGGCAGUGCCAACACCAGUCCCCUGGCAUCCAUGGGAGGUGGUUGAGAAGAUACACUCAGGCUGUUCACUGUGCAGCACAGUGGGAGUCUGAGGGAGAAUGGGCAUAAGUUGACAUGAGAGGUUCGGCCUAUGAAAGAUGUGUCAAAUCUUGGACCAAAAGGUGAUGCUCUGGCCUGCAGUUUGUGCAUGUAUGCACAAGAAGAAAAGAGAAGGCUCAGAGAUGAGCUGGAAAAUGUACAGCAGAAGAAAAUCUUUAAAGAGAGUAAGAAAAGGACACAGCAGAGAAAAGAACCAUGUCCUGCUGAUUCAGUGGAAUCUCUGAUGGCAGAAAUGCCAUUUGUCGACACAGAUAUUGAAGAUGAAUUUGUUAUGCAUGCAACCUCUGAAAUAAAGAUAAAAAAGAAAAGAAAGAGGACCACUGGAAAGGAAAUUGAAGAAGACAGUGAGAGAAAGAAGAAAAAGAAAAAACAGUGUCAGCCAAAUUAUUUUGUUUCUCUUCCAAUUACUAAUCCAGAGAUUACUGACAGCAUUCAGGCUGUCCAAGACGCAAUAAUACAAAAGGAUCAAAGGCUUUCCAAAGCAAUGAUUCGCUCUGGAUCUUUGCAUGUCACCAUGUUAGUGAUGCAUUUAUCCAAUGAAGAGGAAAUUAGCAUAGCAGUUGGUGCUCUUUCAGACAGCAAGGAUUUUGUAGAAGAUCUCCUGAAAGGAAAAAUCGUGGAUUUGUCUUUUCAAGGAAUUGAUCACUUCAGAAAUCAAGUUGGAUUUGUGAAGUUGGCAGAAAAUGAUCAUACAACUAUACUUACGGAAAUAGCAGAGACUAUGAAGAAGAUAUUUCAAGGGAAAGGCAUCUUGACAGAAGAAGGAAGAGCUUUUAAACCACAUCUGACCUUCAUGAAGUUGUCAAAAUCAACACAGCUGCGUAAGCAGGUGAAAAAAAUUGACUCCAGCCUGUAUGAAGACUUUAAAAGCCAUUAUUUUGGAGAUGAAAUCCUGCACCGCCUAGAUCUUUGUUCCAUGUUGAAAAAAAAGCAGCCGAAUGGUUACUACUACUGUGAGUCUUCUAUUGUUUUUGGUGAAAAACACACAGCAGAGCCAGAUGAUGCAGAGCUGGUGAGCCUCAGCAAAAGGCUGGUGGAGAAUGCGGUGCUGAAGGCCGUACAGCAAUAUUUAGAGGAAACACAAAACAAAAGCAGACAGACUGAUGGAAGCCCUGUGAAAAGUGAAGAAGUGGCAGCUAGCGGCAGUAAGAAUGAGAGCGACAGUGAUAACACCAAAUGAGCGCUGUGCAGAAAGCCCAGGAGCGAACAUCCCACCAAGAAUAACCACAAAAACAUGUCCCAGCUCCUCGCUGAAAUUUGCUAAGUGGUGCUGGGUGACAGGCACUCUGCUUUGUGAUUCUCUUAUCAAAAGUUUGUUCUGAAUCGAAGGACACUCUCUACUGGUUUAAUAAGUGCUUGCACUGCUGGGAAUCUGAAUGCUGGGAGGGAUGGACGGUGCAAAAACAACAAGAAUGGUGAAGUGGGCGCCUCCAGUCUUCACUUCCUCUUGUUACCAAGAGUCCCUUCCUUGCUUUUGAGGAGAAACUGAGCCUUUUGCAUUUGCCUUUCGGAUUGUCAUGAGUGGCCAUGAAGAGGCCUUGCCAUAAGUGGAAGCGAUACCCUCUGCCCCAGGGCUUGGCACUGCCGCAGGGCCACUGACUCCGUGUGACAGCACAUGCCGUCUCCUAGUCAACAGCAGUCAACCCCAAGCUAAAAAUUACUGCCACAGAUACUCAUCGCAGAUACUAUUACACAGUAUGUAAUAUGACAGGAGUUUCUCUUAAAUGUGACAUUGUACUGUUCUUUACUUUUUGGUAGCAUUUGUUGAUGUAGAUAAUAUAUUUUGACAGAAUACCUUUUUGGAAAAAAUCAGUAUGGGCUAAAGGCUGAGCACUUAAUAAUGUCCAAACCAGAUACAAUCUUUUUAUGUCCAUAUGUUUAUGAUUCCAACUGACAUUAGUUGCUAUAAAAUGUAUUAUAUUGUUCUUUUCCUCUAGGAAAGAGCUGCGAAGCAGACUUAGUAAAGGAGGCUUUGCAAAAAGAAACACAGGCCCUCUUAUCCAGAGUGAAUCAGAUAAAGGAGCUGUU